GUCAGGGAACUUUAUGCGGAUGAAGGAGCGAAAUAAUUGACAAUAAACUCCUAUCGGGUGCACCGAAUAAGUAAAAGCGAUAUUUCCUCCAGAGAAGCCAUUAAUAAUCAAUGAUAGACUUCUCAACAGGGGGCGUCGUGUGAACCCUUCCAGUCGCUGACAGACGUCUGUUAUCGAAGAAAUGGAGCAUAUCCGAACGCCCAAGGUGGAGCAGGUGCGGCUGGUGGAUCGUUUUAGCAACAAAUCCACAAACGGGACACUGUACCUCACAGCUACGCAUCUCAUUUUUGUGGAAAGCAGCUCUAACAACUCCUCUUCUGCUGGACAGGAGAUCUGGAUUCUGCACCACCAUAUAGCCUCAGUGGAGAAGCAGAGCCUGACCACCACCGGCUGCCCGCUGGUCAUCCACUGUCGGAACUUCAGGGUGGUUCAUUUCGUGCUGCAGAGGGAAAGAGACUGCCAUGACAUCUAUAGCUCACUGCUUCGUCUCCUGAGACCAGUAUACUACGAAGAACUCUACGCCUUCUCCUACAACCCCAAGCAGAAUGAUCAGCAGAGAGAAGAAGGCUGGCAGCUCAUCGACCUGGGGGCAGAGUUUGAGAGAAUGGGUGUCCCCAAUGACCAAUGGCAGCACACCGACGUCAACAGAGAGUAUAAGGUGUGUGAGACGUAUCCACGGGAUCUGUACGUUCCCAUUACAGCCAGUAAGCCCAUCAUUGUUGGUAGCUCCAAGUUCCGAAGCAAAGGACGCUUCCCUGUGCUCACAUACUUCUACCAAGAAAAGAAGGCAGCAGUGUGUCGCUGCAGUCAGCCUCUGUCUGGGUUCAGUGCACGAUGCCUGGAGGAUGAGAGCAUGCUGCAGGCCAUCAGCAAGGCCAAUCACAACAGCCGGUUUGUUUACGUCAUGGACACAAGGCCGAAGCUGAAUGCGCUGGCUAACCGUGCUGCAGGCAAAGGUUACGAGAACGAAGACAACUACUCCAACAUCCGCUUUCAGUUUGUCGGGAUUGAAAAUAUCCACGUCAUGCGGUCAAGCCUGCAAAAGCUACUGGAAGUUACUGGGACUCGGUCUCUAACCAUGAGCGACUACCUGGGGGGACUAGAAAGCAGCGGCUGGCUGCGACAUAUCAAGGCUGUAGUAGAUGCAGCUGUGUUUCUGACAAAGGCAGUGACAGUGGAAGGGGCCAGUGUGUUGGUCCAUUGCUCGGAUGGAUGGGACAGAACAGCCCAGGUUUGUGCCCUGGGGUCGCUGCUGAUGGACCCCUACUAUCGCACCAUCAAGGGCUUUAUGGUACUGAUAGAGAAAGACUGGAUUUCCUUUGGUCACAAGUUUGCAGACAGGUGUGACCAGUUGGACGGGGAUCCGAAGGAAGUAUCUCCCAUCUUCACUCAGUUUCUUGAGUGUGUCUGGCAGCUGACUGAGCAGUUCCCGCAGGCUUUCGAGUACAGUGAAUGGUUCCUGCUGCAGAUCCAUGAACACGUUCACUCUUGUCAGUAUGGGAACUUCUUAGGGAACAACCAGAGGCAGAGAGAGGAGUUACAGCUUCGAGAGCGAACUCACUCACUCUGGGCCUUCCUCAUGAGCGAAAAGCAGAACUACCUGAAUCCGUUCUACAGGCCUUCAUACUCUGAGGCCCAUCCAGUGCUGGAGCCCUCCACCUUGCCUUACCAUUUCAAGUUCUGGAGGAACAUGUACCACCAGUUUGAUCGGUCCAUGCAUCCACGGCAAUCCAUCCUUAAAACCAUUCUGACUUUGAAGGAGAAUACACGCAGCGCAGAGAGCACGCUGCAAGCACUACAGACUAGGCUCCAACAGCUUGGUGUGACCCCCAUUGCAACCUCUGACCCCCCUGCACCUCCUCCAACCAGAGAUCAGUGCACCAACCCCCUGCCGCCGCGGCCCGACUCCCUCAUUCUAGGCGCUCCUAUCAACCACAAAGAGGUGCAGCGCCGCGAGGUGGAGGAUGACCAGGACGAAGUGGGCGAGGAGGCCAUGGAAAGUACAGACACCGAGCGGACAGUAGAGGGCAGCAGCGGUACCGAGAGCCGGAAGCAGAGCUACGGAGAACUGGAAGGGACAUGCAACGGUGAACUUGCCAAAGAAGAGCCAGCUGUUGUCAGCCUGGAGCUUGGAGUGGCACGAAUGACCUGUUGAAGCCAAAGAGGGAGGGUUUCUGGACAGACCGACUGGUGUGGAUGACUGGCCAGAGUUUACUGAAUGUGUGUAUGUGUAUGGGUAUGUGUGGACAGCAAGCUGUCAUUUUGUUUAUGAUUUGGCUUUGAUUACAUAAAUGGUCCUCAAAGGGCUGAAUGGCUGAUUGUUUCUGUACAGUUUAAAUCUCAGUGGAAGGCCUCA